CGAUCCCCCCCCUUUUUCACUCUAUCCUGAUCCAUCAAUCUUUUUAGUCCAACAGAAGUGCCGUUUUUUCCCAUGUUAUAAGUGAUGAGGAGAAUCUGACCUCCACAUGCCUGAAAUGGGUGCAGAUUUAGUCCGAGCUCCAGCAGAUCCAAACAAUUCACCACUUCCUCCAAGGUAAAACUUCAAAGCCCGACCUUAAUAUCGAACAAACAUGUACAACUCUUGCAGUAUUAGUUCAAGUGCGUUCUCACUCAGGAGUAAUGGGUCUAUUUCAUUUUCAUUCAACGAUUGUUCUUCCAACGUUUUCAAUUCAUCACCAUUAUCGUCAUCACCGUGUUUUUCUUCAUGUUGCUCAUCUUGUGCUUGUUGCUGCGCUACAUUUGCCACUACCACCCAUAGGCUACCCAGUACCCUUUGCUUUUUGUACGGAUCAAAGCAAUCUGCCCUUGUUCAUUGCUCACCUUCUAGGAGGUUCAUUUUACCUGCUGGAUACCGCUGCCUUUUGCGGUUUCCGAGCUGUGAUCUUGAUCGAGCCACUUUCGAGGUUUCUACGGGUAGUAUGUUUGCUAGGAAAACUAAAGGGAGGUUUAGAUGUAUGGUUUCAGAGGAUAAUGCAGCUAGCUCUAGGUAUUUGUUAGGUGGAGUCGAUGCCGCCGAGGCCAUGAUCAGCUUAUUGAGUGAGGAAGCGGAUGGGGAGUGUUUAGGUACUGGAGAAAUAAAUAGGAGUUCAUACAAGAUAAGGGAAGUGAAUAAAGCAAAGGGUUAUGGUAGUGAGUGCUAUAGCCUGAAGAAGAAAAGUAAACAAGUGGACAACAAAACAAGCUGUGGUAAUGAAUGCACUAAUGAAGAGAAGCAAGAAUUGCAAUUGGACGAGAGAGGGAGCCGUGCCAACGAAUGUUAUAGAGAGAAGACUCGAACUGUCGGGUCGGGUCUGUUGGAGAGUGAUUGUAAGGAUGAAUAUGAGUCCAUUGACGUUGAGUCAAGGGGAGAGAUUAGAAGGAAGGCAGAGAGUGAGUCAUCCUUGAUAGCUGAGCAUCGUAGGGGAAGAACAAAGAGUUCUAGUUGUUCAUCUUAUUACUCAUUGUCAUCUUCAGGGGACUUGGAGAGUGAUACUGGACUCUCAGACCAAGGUCAAUUUGUAACAGAAUCAAUAAGAGAUGAGACUGGUCGAAGUGAGGGACAAGUGACAGAAGGCUUGAAGAGGGACAAUGCAGGGGGUGUUAGUGUUGAUUGGGAUUUGAGAAAAAAAUCAGAGAAGAAGCUUGCUGAAGUAUCCGCUGACGAAAUACAAUCUGGGGUAAAAUCCUCACAAGAAUAUGCAAGAAGGGUGAAGAAUGAUCAAAGUGACUAUGUGAAAAGAUCUAGUUCUCAGCAUACUCGUACAAAUAAUCAAGUUAUUGGGCAGUCCGAAUCUAGAAGAAAAAGCCAGGACGUUAGAGAAAUGUCAAAGAUCCAUGUUAGUGAUGUCGGCUCAACUUCCCAAGAGAAGCAAUUCCCAGGAAGGGAAGAAAAUGUGAGUGUGUCAGAAAUCGGAGACAGUGCUGAAAGAAUUUCUACUUUGCAGUGUCAGUCUGAAUCUAGAAUGAAGAUUGAGGAAGAAGACAGGAAUCUAGUUGAGAGACGAUCAGGAUCGAAAAUGAAGAUAUGGGAAGAAGAUACCACCAUGACUCAGACUUCAUUUCAGCAGACAAGAAACCAACAUCAGCAAAGAGGUGAAAGGGUCACCGGACAACUGGAAAUGAGAAGAAGGUCGGAAUGCUCCAGUGAAAUUAAUGAAGCCAAGAACAAGAAGACCUCAAUAUUACAAUCCGGAACCCAAAAUAUGAAACAGGAUGAUACUUCAAGUUUACAUUUCACUUCUGAUCAGAAACUACAUCAGAGAGUUGAGACCGGUAAAGGAAUGCAAGCUAUUACAAAUAUAUCUGUUGUUCAUGCUGACAACACUAAGAUAGUUACCAAUACUCAAACAAGUUCUGGAGAAAGAUUGAUUGGACAUGAAAGUAACACUUCGGGUUUGGGUCGGAUUAAUGAGAGAAGUGAAAUACAUAAUGAAGCCAAUGGUAGAGUUCAGCAAAAGAAAGCAAGAAAAGAGAACUUGAAACCUACUAGUGUAUCAAGUUCUUGCGGACAAGCUGAGGAGGGCUCUAGUUUUCAAGCAUCUUUGAGUUUGGUUUCAGAAACACGAGAACAACGGUCUCAUGUUGAUUUAGAGGAAUCAGAAAAGAGGAGCACGGAGUAUGUUUUGAUGCCUCCUCGUCCUCAAGCGAUAACUGGAGGUCUCCCGCAUGAUGAUUCAAUGACUAGGAUUUUUACUGAGGAGGCUUCCGGUAAAGCUUCAGAAAGUGGCUCUGCCACCUCACACAUGCAUUCAAGAGGAAGGACUAUAUUUGCACACCACAAACCAUAUGCAAGAAAAAAGAGUGAGACUUAUGGGGAAUCUUUAAACUGGACUACCCAUGAAGAUUCUCUGGAUUCUGCUCAACGAUUAGAGGAAUCAUCCUCGCAUUUUGUUGGGGAGUUUGUUGAGAAGGCAAGGCAUGAUAUCUUAACUUCUGGGGUCCAACAGGGUAAUAUAAGUUCUGACUUCACUUCAGCAUGUGAAGGUGAUAAGUAUGGGCCGAACGCUUCUGGUCAAUAUCGCAAGGAAGAAUCAAAGAUGAAAAGGCAUGACACGAGGCAGUCACCGAAGGGCUCUGGAGGAAGGGGACCUGAUGAUGAAAUGUGGGAUGUAACUGACCCAUCUUUUCAGGAAUCGCUUGAAGCAGAAACUCCUCAGGGAAUUUCUACGUCAGGGAAUGCUUCCAUAAAGAGAAGUGGCAGGUCCUUGUGGACCCUUAUGGGAGAUAUAGUUCGAUUACGAUGGAGUUUACGUGCUCAGACCCCUAGCUCAAGAUCAACUGCAAGAUCCGGAGGAAGGACUUCACCUAAUGAGUCGGUUCAUAGCGAGGCAUGGUUUUCUGGUCAUGAAACAAAUGAAAACACUGAAGAAAAUCUGAGAAGGGAAAGAAGCAACCUGGCUUCAGAGGUCAUAUCUCAUCAUCGGUUGGGACAAGGGACUCAAGGUGAAGGAGAUUUCUCUGACUCAACAAGGACAACUGAAAAAGUAGGACACCUUGAAGGCAACAUUUCACCAUCUUCAAAUAUAUUAGAAACUGUGCCUGCAUUAGAAGUUAUUUCAUUGACCUCACAUAAGGAAAAACAUGGCAUUAGUAGCUCUGAGGUAGCCCCUUCAGGCAAGGAGGUAGUACAAUCAUCUUUACCGCUACCAACUGGAAGCACAAAAACAUCUCUUGUUCUAGAAGAGAUUUCAGAAACUGAUAAAAUUAAUACCCAGGGAAGUGGUUCAAUAAGGACAAUGGAACAACCUUUCGGUGCAAGAAUAGCUAAAGCGUCAAGGUCUCAGGAUAAGGAGGGGGAAUUAAAACAAAGAAAGCUUCAACGGACCAAACAAGUUCCAAGAGAUAGAUUUGAUGAAUGGGAAGAAGCAUAUAGACUUGAGCGUGAGCAGCGAAAAAUUGAUGAAAUGUUUAUGAGAGAAGCAUUGCUGGAAGCCAAGAAAGCUGCUGAUUCUUGGGAGGUGCCUGUUGGGGCAGUACUAGUGCAGCAUGGGAAGAUAAUUGCUCGUGGACGCAACUUGGUAGAGGAAUUACGGGAUUCAACUGCACAUGCAGAAAUGAUCUGUAUACGGGAAGCUUCGAACAUACUUCGUUCAUGGAGGCUUGCGGAUACAACACUUUAUGUUACACUUGAACCAUGUCCUAUGUGUGCUGGAGCAAUACUUCAGGCAAGAAUUGACACUGUUGUGUGGGGAGCUCCCAAUAACCUUCUAGGAGCAGAUGGCAGCUGGAUAAGACUUUUCCCUGACGGAAGAGGAGGAAAUGGUUCAGAAGUGACAGACAAGCCGGCAGCCCCAGUCCAUCCAUUCCACCCAAAUAUGGGAAUCAGACGGGGGAUAUUGGCAUCGGAGUGUGCUGACAUGAUGCAACAAUUUUUCCAGCUUAGGAGAAAGAAUAAGGGAAAGAAUGCAGAGCAUCCCCAAUCACCAUCUUCUCUUCCAGUAACAAGUCAUCGUUCAAAAUUCUUUACAAAGAUGCAUAAUAUCUUGCAUUUGAUGUUCUGUUUGUGACACUAGGAAAACCAACAUACUGGUUUUUUUAUUAGGU